UCGAACAAUCCGGUGGACAGUUUAAAAACAGGACCGGCCGUCGCAGUGGCUCACGCCUGUAAUCCCAGCACUUUGGGAGGCCGAGGCGAGCAGAUGACGUGGUCAGGAGAUAGAGACCAUCCUGGCUUACACGAACAGGGAAGAUAGCAUGCCUGAGCCAGCUAAAUCCGCUCCGGCCCCAAAGAAGGGCUCCAAAAAGGCCGUGACCAAGGCGCAGAAGAAGGACGGCAAGAAGCGCAAGCGCAGCCGAAAGGAGAGCUACUCCGUAUACGUGUACAAAGUGCUGAAACAGGUCCACCCCGACACCGGCAUCUCCUCCAAAGCCAUGGGGAUCAUGAAUUCCUUUGUCAACGACAUCUUCGAGCGCAUCGCCGGCGAGGCUUCCCGCCUGGCGCAUUACAACAAGCGCUCCACCAUCACCUCCAGGGAGAUCCAGACGGCCGUGCGCCUGCUGCUUCCCGGGGAGCUGGCCAAGCACGCGGUGUCGGAGGGCACCAAGGCCGUCACCAAGUACACGAGCUCCAAGUAAACUUAGCCCUGCAACUGCCUUAGUAAACCCAAAGGCUCUUUUCAGAGCCACUCACCUUUUCACAAUUGGAGCUAUAUACUGACACAUAAAGUUACUGGAAACUCUU